AACCGCCAAAAAGUUCUUAUCAAUUUAAAGUUCCUUUAUCCUCAUUUCGGUUAUUGUUUUUCCGAGCAAUUUAGAAUAAAGUGAACAGAUUUCGUCUAUUACAGGAAUUCGUCGGUUUCGCCAAUUAACCAGUAUCAUAAUGGGCUCCAAAAACAAAGUAGAGGAUCAAGAUCAUGAUGAACUGUCCCACGUCCCGGAACAUUUGAGGGAACAGGUUGCAGAGGGUUUAAAAGCCAUAAAGGAAGUCAUCGCGGAAAGAAGCGGGAAACCUUAUGAAUGGAAACUUAGUGAUUUUCAAAUCGGAGCCCCGAUGGGACGAGGAAAGUUUGGUCGUGUGUACCUGGCUCGUGACAAGCGGACAAAAUACAUGGUAGCAUUGAAAAUGCUCUUUAAGAAGGAACUGUUGAAGGGAGGCAUGGAGCACCAGGUGAUGCGAGAGAUAGAAAUCCAAACACACUUAAAUCAUCCUAAUAUACUAAGGCUGUUGACAUAUUUCUGGGAUGAAAAGAAGAUCUUCCUUGUUCUUGAAUUUGCCGGAAAAGGAGAACUGUACAAGCACCUGAAAGAUGCCCCUCAUGGACGCUUCAACGAAGCCCGGGCAGCUAAGUACACAUAUCAAGUCGCUGACGCACUCCAUUAUUGCCAUCUCAACAAAGUGAUCCAUCGAGAUUUGAAGCCAGAGAAUUUACUACUUACAAUGGAUGGUAAUGUGAAAUUAGCAGAUUUCGGUUGGUCGGUCCAUGCUCCUUCAUUUCGACGGAAAACCAUGUGUGGUACACUUGAUUACUUACCUCCAGAAAUGGUGGAGUCUCGAGUUUACGAUGAGCAUGUUGAUCACUGGUGCAUCGGCGUUCUUUGCUACGAGUUCCUAGUCGGCAAACCACCAUUCGAAUCUUCAAACCAGCAGCAAACGUUCAAAAAAAUUGUGCAAGUGCAGGUUCCUUGGGUGUCUGUGAUUUCACCUGGAGCCAAAGAUCUCAUCAGCAGUCUCCUGAAGUAUAAUCCGAGAGAAAGACUGCCAUUGCCGAAAGUCAUGACUCACGUUUGGAUUGAGGCAAAUCGAAGGAAAGCGUAGGAUGUGAUCGCUCUUGGAGGCAAGAAUCUGAUCAGCUCAACCCAGAAGAGAGACUACCUUUGUCAAAAGCAAUAACUCACCAGUAUUGGAUCAAGGCAAAUCUAAAGAAGAGUCAGGUUCUGGGAAUCACUUUUUGCGGAAAAAUCUUGGAUAGCCAAUCGUGGUAUUCAUCCUUGUAAUUAGUAGGCCUAAAAUUAUGUAAAAAAAAUUGCUCCUUUUGUUUUAAACUUUUUUCCCUCUUCAGAGCUCUGAUUGAAAAUGUCGGUUCCUCUAAUCUCAUUUUAAGUUCGUCGGAGAGAAUUUGGUGGAUUCCGAAGAGGGGAUAUGCCUUCAAUCAAUGGCGUUCAAGUAUUAGAUAUUUUAAAUGAGUUUCUAUGAAUGCAAGUAAUUAUGUGAUGAUUGCAUUAACUGUCCUCGACAAUUUCUGUCCUUGGCUCUAUUACAUUUGUGUGUGUCCAAAUGUAUUACAAUGCCUGUGAAUUCAUCAUAGUUAAAAAUUAUGUUUAAGUUGUUAAGACUUGUUUUGCCCCUCUUAGCCUCAAACUGGAAAUGUUUAAUUAGUGUUCUGUCACACAUGUAAAAUAUCGCAUAUUCCAUUCAAGAUAUGUCGUACACUGUUCAUUGCACAGACUAAUACAUACUGAAAAUAGUAAAAAGAGGGUAAUUGAGAAGGGCUGUUUUUUGGCCCACCAUAGCUGCAUCUCAGCUAUUCAGCGACGACUAAAAAACGACCCCUAUCGCUGCCCCUCCUUUGUAUCUCUGUUAGUGAUUUUCCAUCACUACAUCUCAAGAAAAAAACUUACCGCUACUAUUUUAAGAAACUGUACGAGACAUUUAAAAGCUAUUUGUGAUGAAAAACAGUCGAGUAGCAUUUACAAUCAAAAUAUGAUAUGGAGUGCAUAAGUGUCGCUUCACCGACAACCCAGAUUGUUCCUCCAAGGAAAAGAUGUCAUAGACUCAAAAAUAAUUCCCAGGGCAUCAUGUUGUACUACAAACUUUAAAUUUUAUUUUUUCUGUCGACUAGCCAUGUCUCCACAUUGAAUCUUGCUGUGAUUUUUAGAAUAUAUAACGAUUUUUAUAUUUUUAGAAUCUUAAACGUGAAGUAUUUUCAGAGCUUCAAUUUUAACUGGGGAAGGUUCACAGUUGCGAAUAGCAGCUGAAGUAAGAGAAGUUGUUCCAAGCUGGAACUUGCACCAAAACUACAGCAAGCGCUUGGAAAACGUCUGCAUAUACUCUAUCUCUCACUACUUGAAGAUUUCUUACCUUUGUCUUAAAAAGGUGUUUUAUAAAUUGUAAUAAAUUAGAACAGAAGAGUCAUCCUGGUUUGAUAGCUCAGUUACCAUCGCUUACGAUGAAAUGGAUGUAUUUCUAUCAAACAGAACUAUGUGCCUUAUGAAGUGAGCCCUGUUAUGCACAUGUUCUUAUGGGUCUCGGGGCUCAUGUCUUAAUGCAUAUAGUUCUGUUUGGCAGAAUUACGUCCAAAUAUAUUUCCUCAUACAAGAUUUUAGGACUAAGAAGCAGCCUCGUUUUAAAUGUACUUUCUAAAGCAAGGAAUAUCGAUGAUUGAAAGAUCAAAUCGGAGUGACUCAUCUUCAUCAAAUAAAUCUUUCACUAUAUAAAAGUAAGGAAAGGGGAGGCACUGCUCAAAUUUUUGGUGCAGUUCCAAAGCGGGCAAAGAACACAUUCUUUUCAGAGCUAAUGUGCGACCGUUCCACUUGCUUUAUUUGCUUUUAGCAACAAUCCCAUUUAUGAUUGUAAAUAAGUAUAAAUUUUUACAAGUAGACGAAUUGUAAAUACAUAUAUUUUUUCAUGGAUUUCAAUAAAUCAGAAUUUUCUUUAA